AUGACAAAUAAUGGUAGUAGUUUGAUGGAUGGUUCAAAGAAAGAAAAUAUCCAAAAAUUUCUAACUCAGAGUGACCAAGAGUCCCCUGUCAUCUCCACAAUUCAGAGACAAAUAGUCACAGCCGAAACUUUGAUGCUUUUGUAUUGUAUUCUUUGUGUGGUGACCUUCCUUUUCAUUUCAGUCUCACAGAUUUUUGGGAGCCUUUCCCCAGAUCCCAACAGCUUCAUUCCCACAAGCAGCUAUGGAACAGUCUGCCCAAAACAGUGGGACUUUUAUCAAGGAAGAUGUUUUUUCUUAUCCACUUCUGAAUUGUCCUGGAACAGAAGCAAGGACUUUUGUGAAAGGGAAAGUGCCACUUUGGCAAUUGUCAACACGCUAGAGAAACUGAAAUUUCUCCAAAACAUAACAAGUGCUGAAAAGUAUUUUAUUGGCUUAAUAUAUCAGCAUGCAGAGAAGAGGUGGCGUUGGAUCAACAACUCUGCGUUCAAUGGCAAUGUUACCAAUUGGAAUCAAAAUUUCAACUGUGCGACCAUUGGCCUAACAAAGACAUUUGAUGCUGCAUUAUGUGAUACCAGCUACCGCAGUAUCUGCGAGAAGAAUGCCAAAUGAUCCCUGUCCUCUGUGACAGGAACAAAUACACUUAUAGAGACAGCAAAAGAGAAUAUUUAUAGUUGCAAAUGGUCCAAGAAAUACAGAACAUCAAAUUAUUUUGUCAAUCAGCCACAGGUUACUGGCAGAUGGAGGCAGACUCUCCAUUCUGAGCCAGCAAUUCCCCAAGGCCACGUUUCCUGUGAGAGUCACACCUGCAACUCUUUUUGGUUGUCCGGUCAAUGAUUCUUUUAUCUAUCUGUUCCCUAGUAGAGGCCCUUGCCUGUUUGGGAAAAUGAGCUUCUGUAUUCUGCUUUGGGGGACUGGAUGCUAGCCAUCUCCAGGAUACAGGGUC